UAUAGUUACAAAGGGGUUAACCAAAAACGGAGGAAAAAGAAUUUUGUAUUGUAAUAAACAACGUUUCUCAUACACCACCACCACCAAUAACGAUACAUACACAGAAUCUCGAUAUCGAUUUUUAGAUACGGAUUUCUUUAUAUCUCCCCAGCAGAUGAAUUUGUAAACCAAAAAUAACAGAGCAGAGAUUAAUUAAAAUAAAAUCCAAUCGAAUUGAAGGAUGCAGUCGUCGUCAUCAAGGUCAUUAAUUCAGCGGGUAGGGCCAUUUCUAUCAGCACGAAUUCGUUACAACUCGAGGCUUCUCAGCACCACGUCAUCAUCAGCAGCCGCCGUCGCUCAAUCGCCUUCUCAAUCCUCCGUAGAGCAGGAAUCUGUUCACUUAUCUGAUAAUUGCGUUAGGAGGAUGAAGGAAUUGCAAUCUGAGGAAGCUAAGGAGAAACUGCUUCGAUUAAGUAUAGAGGCAGGUGGUUGCUCUGGUUUUCAGUAUAACUUUGAACUUGAAGAGAAACCUAACGAUGAUGACAGGGUUUUCGAAAGAGAUGGCGUUAAGUUGGUGGUUGACUCAAUAUCAUUAGGCUUUGUAAAGGGUGCAACAGUUGAUUAUGUUGAAGAGCUUAUACGUUCUGGAUUUCAGGUAGCAGAAAAUCCAAGUGCAGUUGGCGGUUGUAGCUGUAAAAGUUCAUUCAUGGUAAAAUAGUUUGUGGGGAAACAAACAUGAUUCAAAGUCACUUUUGUACACAGAUUCUCCAGCAAUGUUUACGGAAUUGAAACUUAGGUUAUUCUAUUAAACACAUUCACAUUUUGAUAGUAGAUGGUAGUACCUCAGUGUUGGGUAUAGUUGCAUUCUUUUUAUGUCCAAACUUUGAUUUGGAAAACAUGAAUAAAUGGGUUCUUUUUUCUCCUAUGAAACAUUACCCGUGGCUGCAGCAAGAAACCUUACCCCAUGACUAUUAAAGUUGAUAACAGAAUGCCGCAAUUGUAUUAUUAAAGGUUAUUUUAGUAAUGUAUUUAUGUUUGGUGGAGGCGAAGAAAUUUGAUCAAUUAGUAUAUUAUGUUUGACUCCAGUGGGUACUUCAUGUGGAAAAGUCAUUUUCCUGAA